UCAGUAUUCGAUGUUGAACGAGACACUGUUCUGUGCCGCUAGUUUACAACCGAAAUUUUGUUAUUUACCUAGAGAAACUUGUGUUGGUCGAAAAUAUGCCAAAACGAUCUAAAACUGAAAAUAAUUAUAAAAAAAAAGUAUUCCGAAGACGAUGUUAAAAAAGCGUUAGAGUUAAUUAAAAAUGGUAUGAGUGAGCGAGAAGCCUCAAGAAUUUUUAAUAUUCCCAGAGCCACCAUAAGUUACCGGAAAAGUGAAAAAUUUCAUAACAAGAUAACGAAUGGACCAGAUCCAUUUCUUUCGAAGGAUGAAGAGGAACAACUGAAACGCUGGAUUUUUCACUGUCAAAAUAGAGGAUUUCCUGUUCGUGUUGACGACAUGGAGGACUCCGUUAAAUCAUUUUUAGAGAGUUACCCUAGAGUUAAUCCAUUUGUUGAAAAUAGACCAGGUAGAACAUGGCUAUCAGCAUUUCUAAAGCGCAAUCACAACAUUUCGCUAAGGAUUUCAGAGGGAGUGACAUCAGCAAGUUCAAACAUUAACCAAAGAGAUAUUACCAAAUGGUUUGACAACAUAUAAAUCUUAUCUAGAUAAAAAAGGAAUUUCAGACGUUCUUCAAGACCCAACAAGAAUCUUUAAUGGUGACGAGACAUGUUUUUAUUUAUGUCCCAACAAUAAAAAGGUUUUGGCUAUGAAGGGUUCCAGAAACGUCUAUGAAAUUGAACAUAACCCAAAGGUUAACUUAACAGUUAUGUUCACAUUUUCUGCAAUAGGCAAUAUUUUACCUCCUAUGAUAAUUUAUCCCCAUAAAAGAUUGCCAAAUGAUAUAUUAAGUGCUGUGCCGAAUUCGUGGGGUAUUGGUUUAACAGAAAAUGGUUGGAUGGACAACAAAAACUUUUAUGCAUAUAUUGGAAAUAUAUUUAACCCUUAUUUAGAUCGAAAUAAUAUUACACGUCCGGUGAUGUUUUUUGUUGAUGGGCAUAAAACCCAUUUAACUGUACAGACAAGUCAACUUUGUACAGAUUUGAAAAUUAUUUUAGUAGCUUUAUAUCCUAAUGCCACGAGAUUAAUGCCACCAGCGGAUGUGGCUGCAUUUAAGCCUCUAAAAACUUUUUGGAACAAAGCUGUGCUUCAGUUUAGGAGAGACAACCCCCAAAAAGUGUUAACGAAAGUACAGUUUGCCUCUGUUUUAAAAUCUGCUAUAGAUAGGUUAAAUCCAGAUGUUAUCAGAAGUGGGUUUAGGAUAUGCGGUAUAUUUCCUUGGAAUUCUUCUGCUCUUGACUAUUCAAAAUGUCUUGGGAAAGAAUUUGAAACUGAAGAUAAUCUGGAUGACCACAAUGAUUUACCAACACUUAUUGAUCCAAAUACAACAAUUUCUUAUAAACAAUUUUGUGAAAUAGUUGGCAAUGAAAAAAUUAAACAGCUAGGUCGAAAUAAUGGUAAAACUCAAUCUGAUGAUUACCAAAUAUUAAAACAAAUCUUUUCAGCAUUUACAGAAAAAUCUUCGGUAGAAAUAUCUACAAAGGACGAACAAGAAAAAUUUUAGACGAAGAAGUAAGAUUUUUAGACACAAGUGAAGUAAUUUUCGAUAUAAAUGAUAUACCUGUAAUAAUAGAUGAUACUGAAAUUGUAAACAUUCGUGAAAUGGAGAACCUUGAUAGUACCCGAGAAUGAAAUUUUCAACAUGCAAGGAAUAGAAGAAUAUACAAAUCAAGCUGAAUCACAUGUGACGAAAACGGUUAAAGAAGAUCACAAAACCAAAAAACCCGAGAAAUCCCUAAACAUUUCUGAAAAUAUAUCUGUAAAUGCUACAAAUAAAUAUAUUGCGACUUACUUAAUAUGGCCAGAUGCUCCAGCACGAAAAGGAAAAUAGCAAACUCAAAAGCUUCCAUUUAUUCUAACUUCAUCAGAUAGAAGAAAAAUAGAAAAAGAAAAAAUGGAAAAAAAUAGAAGAGGAGCGUAAAAAGGAGCAGAGGAAACAUGAAAGAAAGGAAAAACAAAGUAUUAAAGAAAAUCAAAAGAAAAUAAAAAGCUCGAAUAAUAAAAAACCCAAAAAAUUUGCUAAAACUUUUAAUAAGUCUGAAGAGAAAAGUAGACAACCCAUAGAAAUGACCUCAACAAAAUAAAAAAAAAGGGUGUAAAAGUUCACUUUCCUAUUGAAAAAUAUCCAGAAAAUACGAAAAAAGCAUUGAAAGUGUUUUCUCCUCUAAACCAGGAAAGUAGAAAUAACAAUACUGCGGUUUUUGAGCCACCACUACCUGAAUUUGUCAAAGUUCCUACACCAGAAUUUCAUUCUCACACAAAAUCAUCAAGCUCUGUAAAUAACCAAGAUAUUAUUGACAUUUUUAAGCAUUCACCUACACCAGAAGCGAAUUUGAGAUUAUCUCCGAAAAUAUUUCUCGCCCACACAAAAUCUCCAAGCCCUGAGAAAAAAAUUGUACCCAAACGGAAAUUAUUUGAUGAUAAUACAAAUCAGUCCUCAACAAAAAUUACAAUUUUGUCUGAUAAUUUAUUAUCAAAUAUUCCUUCACACUUCGAAAAUCGAAACUUGGUAUCAAACGUUCUUCCGCGUUUUAAAAAUACAAACUUGUUAUCACACAUUCCAUCACAUUUUAAAAAUCAAAAAGUCUGAAGGUGUGAGUUAUCUAUGUGUACUAAAUAUUACAGAGUGUAUGGAAGGCAUUAGAUGCCAAAUGUGUCUUAGAACAUAAUAUCUUGUAACUUGCAUAACAAGAUUCUAUGGCGACACAGAUCAAGUAUAUGUUUGCGAAUCUUGUCAGAAUAAAAAAUAAAAGUUUACUUUGACAUAUCGUUUUUUUUUGUGUCCACACUCAUCACAAAAUCCUUGC